AUUCAGAGUUCAAGUUUAAACUCAGAGUUGGUUGAACCUCCUUAUUGAAACAGGCCCCAGUUCACAGAAAAGAUUCGGACUUCUCAUCACUGGUGAAAAGUUGGCAGCCCUAGUUAUUAUUAUUAUUACUGUUAACAUUGUAUGUGUAACUGGAAAGGUUACUCCAUACAACAUUAUCUUACAGUCCGUUCAGUUACAUGUUGUUAAAAUGACUGUUUGUGCAGGGCCUUUCUGCACAGGUGGAAAGUGCAGCUCGGGCUUUAGUCCAAAUAAUUGCAAGGGAUUUGACACCAGGCCGCUCCACAUCAAAUCCCCCACAGGCACACCUCCCCUCUCACUCUGUCUCUUUGCCCUCGCCCUCAUCCUCAUCUUCAUCCUCAUCCCUUCUGAUGCUAGAGUGAAUCAGGCCCUGAAAAGGCAAUUUCCUGCGAUUUUUAGUUCCCAAGGUGACCAAGCAAGAGGGAAAAGACGCUUUGUGACACAGCCAAGACACACCAAUACGCAAAUCAAAACAACUGAACUCCAGAUAUAUGUUUUAGCUGAACCAGCUGCUGCAAACACACCCAAACUCACUCCAAACAGUUCUGAAGAACUUGUUUUGGCACAUGCCGGACUUGGCAAGAGACUCAUUACAUUUAAAGACUCUGCCAAACAUGAUGAGAUUUUUGAUCAACUGGAGGACGAGUUUCCGAAGUUGAGAAGCCUGAAGAGAAGCUGGAUGUUUUACAAAGCCACCGGUGGAAGUGGGCGCCGGAAACUGUCCAUGCUGCUUACUGAUGCUGAGGGCUACACUUUGCGUGCACUCAAAUCUGCUUCCAACAAUGGGAAAAAUGUUCUCUACGUAGUUCCAAUUCAGGAAACUCUUUCAGUGGAUCCCCUACCCUAUGAUGCUCCUGAAUUUUGUAAGAUGCCCAAAGCAAACUGUGUGUCAUGUGGCCAGAAAAUGCCCCUUCAGAUGUUGGCCUUACAUGUAGAGGAAUGUUCA